GGCGCUUUAAUUUUUUCAAACUGAGAUUAGAUUGCUAGCUAGCUGUCGAAUUGUAUCCCGUACAAAUAGUCCCCGAGCCACAUAUUUUCAAUUUAUUUACAUUAUAAUAAUCGAAGCAUAAUGUUGCAUGGCUAGAUACGUACUGAAACGUUAGGCUAAGGUUGGCAAAUUGGAUCAAAGCUAACCGUUAGCCUAACGUUAACUAGCUAUCUAGGCAGCUAGCCAGGGUUACAGCUGAUGUAGAUAUACCGGUAGCUAGCUAGCUAGAGGAUUUAGGAACAGCUAUGGCUGCAAACUUUCUGAAGGAGUCCCCGAUGACCUUAGGACAAUCGAAAAGCUGGGUCACAUUAGGUACAAAUCGUUGCUCUCGACUUUCUCAGAAUCAGUUACUUUUCAAUGCAGCCAUGCCUGCCAACGCCUAUAACCGUGCUACCCAAGUUGGCCCACCUGCACCCAUUGUGAUUGAGAAGCUGAUGCCCUGGGUAGAGAAGCGGGAUGACCUGGAUAGCACCUGCAGUUCUCUGUGUUUCUCUGCUCUGUCUGAGGAGCGUCUGCUGGCUGCAGUCAGGCUGGCCAAGAGAGAUCUGAGGAAGAGACGACAGGAGUCAUUGAACAGCUACCCCAUCAGACCACAGCCAGAGGAGACCACUCCCAUCAAGAACAAUGUGGAGCAGCAGAAGGGGGUUGUUCCUAAGGGGAGGUCCAAGACGGCCAGCCCCAAAGAAGAAGUGAUUCAGUCUGGAGCCAAGGUGCUUGUUUACACCCCCCAGAAGUACGUCUCCAUACCUCCUGGGCCUGAUCAUGGCCGGUCCCCCCCAACCAAAGACCCAGGCCCAAGGCAAACAGCCAGCAAGGAGCCCCACACAGCCCUCAGCCAGGAGGUCCGUAGGCUGCAGAGAGAGCUGGCCAACUUCAUCCAGAGAAUAGAUCAGCUGGCUAACAGAGGGCGAAUGGUUGUAGAGCCAUUGGAGCCUGAUGAGCAGCGCAGGGUGGAGGUCCGCAGACAGGAACAGGCAGCUCGCUCUGCACGCAUCAUCUAUGUGCUACAACAACAGGUGAAAGAGAUCCAAGAGGAUUUAGACAAAUUACGCUCCCAGAAGAUUCAGCACACAAACAAAUCCAGAGCGAUGGACAGGUUGGCUGCUGCCCACAGAGGGGCGGUCAGGGCCAUGCAGGUGUUCACUAAUCAGCUGUCUGACACGUCUGAGGGCAGGAUGCCCUCCUAUUAUAAAGAGCUGGGCCAGCUGAUCCGCCAGCUCUCUCUGUGCUCGGCCAAGGUGGAGGUGGGCCAGGGAUCAGCCGUCCCAGAGACUGCCCUGGACAUCCUGCUGAAACUAGAGACCCUGGAUACUGCUCUAAGCAAGCGGGAGAGUCACGCACAGAGGAGGCAGGCCCGAGUACGCAGCUCCUCCCCUGCACGCCACCGCAGGUCUCCACAUCGCAGCACGUCUCCUCCCCGUCCACCCAGGGGCCCUGCCACCAGGGGUCUCAGAGGACCUCAUAGAGCAGCAGGCCCCAAGAAGUCCUUCCCUGAUAGGAGAGCGGUCCCUCGGCAUCAGCAGCCCCCCGGAGCCACAGAGCCUCCUCCACAGCUGCAUCGCAGCCAGAUGCUCAGUGCUGGCCUGGAGAGUUUGGUCCAUCUCAGAGAAUUCAGGGAAGGAGGGGGGCAGGUCCUCAACAGUCAAGGAGGAGCACUGCACCCCGACAGGACAAAGAAGCAGGGAGCCCAUGUGAGGGAUGCAGGUUUCCAGCAGCCCACAGUGGCUUCCAGGCUGAGAGUGUGUCAGCACCCACAGAAGGAGGCCUCUGUGCCCUGGAUACCCACGUCACCUCACUCUCCUCCUAAACAACAACAACAGCGCUCCCCUCAGAAGAGGCCAGAGCCUCGAUGUCUCUUCUCCCCCCUGAAGCCCUCCUCAGGACCCUCAGCGCAGCAGCCAGUUGGUGUGGUGACAGCAGAGCAGGACCAGGGUUUGACCUCUGAUAGACAGAGACAAGCCCACAACGAAGCCCUCAGGCAAGCCUGGCUGGACAGGAUGACCAUACAGAGACUGAGGGACCUAAAUCAGCUGAGUAAAGAUGAAGCAGAACGCAUCCAGAGACUCCGGUCUGAGGUGGGCUCUCCAACCCAGUGGGCUGAGAGAGCUGAGCAGGAGGCCCGAGGGAGACUUCAGCCUCUGUUGAACCAAGCCCUGCAGAUAGGAGCUGCUGCCUCUCAGAGCCGGAACAGAAAGGCCACAUCGUCACUGAGGCAUCAACUGUCUGAACAGGCUGCAGACAGAGCUGCGGAGAGCGCUGAGGUGCUGAGUGAGGCCCUGCUCGAGGAGCUGCUGGCCGAUGCAGCGCGGGCCGCCUGGGCGGUGGAGACAGACAGACGGACGGAGGGUUUGGCCCAGCUCCAGCUCCAAGCCCCCACCCUGGAGAGCAUGCUGCUACGCAUGGAGGAGAUGGAGAAAGACCAGGAAGCUGUGAGGAGGCGUUUUGCUACCCUCACAUACUCAGACCCUUACUACUGGAAUAGAAGGGACACUACUGGGCCCCAGAGCUCUGUUCUAAUCUCCAGGCCAGUCUCUCCUCAGCCCGUUAGGAUCACCAGGCCAGCACUGAGACACACCACCACAGCUGACAUUGUCCUGGAGAGCCCUGUGGAGACCGGCCACAGUGUCCUGUUUGAGGGCAGCAUCAGGGAGGAGGUCUCCCCAGGUCAACCUGGCGGCAGCAGCACCUUCCCAGCCCCAGGGGAGAGGUGGGGAGACGGGACGCGGCUCUCUGUGCCAGCCAGCAUGCAGAGGAAUAUUCAGCAAUACAGACAGGACCACGAAGCCUACCUCCGCCUGGUAGCCCACGAGGCUGUGGGCAGCUUCAACCCCUGGGCCAUUGCAGACAGUCUGUCAGAGGAGCUUAUGUCCGAGGCCCUGGCUGACGUAGCAGCAGAGUUCCAGGACGUCUGUGAGGAGUACGCAGAGGCUGUCUUCACCUCCGAGUUCCUUCAGCCAAUCACGUCACCUCCUGCUUCAGUUUCACCGUUAGACAUCCAAUAGAUCCUCUUCCUAUUCACAGACAUUGGGCAAGUUAGUUAGGUGUACUGCGUAGGUGGAUAUUUCAAUUCAGGACCAACGGAAUAGUCAAAAAAGUGCAAAUUCCACAGUCAGGAAGACAUCCUGACUGCAUUGAUGUGACAAUAUUCAGAAUAGAAUGGAACUAAAGCAAUGCAGAUUAUUCCUAUUUGGCAGGUUCCUUUCUGUUGUUCUUACAGAGGGAUGGGUGAAUUCCACUGGGAAAGUUGGUUUUGAUAAGUUUAGAGAGAAUAUUACUACAUUACAGGGGAUUAGAAGAUUAUGUCUCCCCUCUUUCCAUAAAUAAACCUCCCAGAGGAUUACUCACGCUUUCCGUUUCCACAUUGAAACAUGGAAGUAAAUGAAUUGUUUGGGGGAAUUAACAAUAGGGGGUAAGCAAGCCAAGGGCGCGAUUCAUUGGUUAAUAGGAAAUCCGGAUAGCAAAUUGCAGUCAUUGAAAUUGUGUGCUUCACUUCCCAUGGCAUGCACCAAAUACUCUGUUAGCCAAAUUACUAAUUUUAAAUUCAAUGAGAGUGCAUAUAUCAUGAGUGCACGUUGGAUGAAGGAGCGGCCUGAGCGGAUGUUCUCAGGCCGUGGAGAGAGACUUGAAAGCAGCUGUGAAGGAGGAGAGAGACGCAUCCAGAUGUUGAGUUGGCCCCUAGAGGAGCUGACUGUGACAGGGGACAGAGAGUGACUGUUGAGUUGGCCCCUAGAGGAGCUGACUGUGACGGGGGACAGAGAGUGACUGUUGAGUUGGCCCCUAGAGGAGCUGACUGUGACAGGGGACAGAGAGUGACUGUAGAGUUGGUCCCUGGAGGAGCUGACUGACAGGGGACAGAGAGUGACUGAGUGAAUUAGCUCACUCUGAAUCAGACACAAUUCUCUCCGCCAACUGUGUUUUGUGUGGGUGUCUGAAUACAUACAGGCUUAUGCACGUACACAUGUCUCACUCUCACAGUUCUGUUUCUUCCCAGAGCUCUACACAGAUUGGAAUCUAGGAGCCAUUGCAGCAUUAUAAUAGGAGUUUUUGAAUUGCAGAAUACUUGAAAUUGAAAAGCAUAUUGUUUGUCUGUGAGAGUCAGGAUGGCUCAUUUCUAAUUAUUUUUCAUUGUCAUUGUGCUGGAUGCUGUCUGUUGAUACCUAGGUUUUGAAUGUAUCACCCCCCGCCCCAGACAGCCAACACAGACUCAUCACAGAAAUGUAUUUUCAACACAAUUAACAAACAGAACAACAAGAUCUGUUUAUGAUCUAUUCUGAUCUGUUUACACAUAACACAGAACAUAAUGAAAUUGGUUUUGUGUGCUUUGAUGCAUUUUAUUUAUGUGAUGUUUUAUGGCACAUUCAUGGCAGACUGUUUUAUACUGAUGCCCAAAGUUUAUUUCGUCAUAACUUUUUUUCUGGGACAAUAUUUAAAGGUUGUUUUAUUUUGUCAAAAUUAGGUAUCGGGUGAUUCACUUGAGAACUUUAAUGAUAUUAGUAUUAAAACAUAUUUUUAAAAUGAGAUGCAUCUUGCUUUAUCAAUUUGAACUACAGCCACCCAUAUACAGGAGUGUUCUAAUGGUGAGAAUGGCCUGUCCCUACAGUAUGUUAGCCAGCAUAAUUAUCCUUGUCAAAGACAGAAUUCAUGUGACCAUGAAUAUUGACUAGUCAUAAUAUGAACUAUGUGGAACACACAGUGACUCAUUUUGAGGCAAUAUGUCCAUUCAGGUUGGAUAGAAUCAUUUUAGGUGUCCCUCGGGGACAGUUCAGCUGAUGGCUGGCACAUUUCACAAUUCUUAGAAAAUUGGAUAUGAUCUUUAGCCAAGUGAGAUCAUUUUUCUCUCUAUAGUAUCCAUAUGGACAUAUUUACCUAUUUACAGAAGCAGUGACAUUCUCUUACUCUGAACAGCUACGGAAGAGAUUGUGGUAGUUAGAUCCAUGCUCUGGGUGUGGAUAUGGGAGAGGAGUGCAGCUGCUCCAGUUGAGAAAUUGAUCCGUACAGUAUGUGCCCUCCCUGGGCUGUGAUCUCCCUGACGUCAUCAUAUAGUCUGACCUAUAAAAUCUCUGCAUCAGCAAUGAGAGAGAAAUAACCUUGUUUUCCCCCUCAAUACAAGGCUGUGGGUAAUCUUAAAGCAGUGGCAGUCAGAGCUAGCUAUCAAAUAUGAAACCCUUAUCCUUGCUUUGUCAUAAGGCAUGGUUAGAAUUUGACGAUGUAUUGAAAGCUAAGUCUGUGUGGAUGGUUAAAAGGCUAAAUUAAUUUAUUUCAGACUUGAGGUGCAACGUUCAUUGUUGUUUAUAGACAAUCUGCACAUCUCUUGGCUUCUUUUCUGCUAGAACCCACUGACCUUCACUCUGGAACAGCCCCAUGUCUCUUAUAACAGACUGGUACAUAAAUGGGACAAAUCCAGUAGUGUAGAAAGACAAUUGGUUCUGAGUGCUGAGAUCUGGUGCUUUGAGUUUCACCCCCUUUAACCCUCAGAACAGCCUCAAAUCGUCAGGGCAUGGACUCUACAAGGUGUCAAGCUUUCCACAGGGAUGCUGGACCAUGCUGACUCCAAUGCUUCCCACAGUUGUGCCAUGUUGGCUGGAUGUUCUUUGGGUGGUGGACCAUUCUUGAAACACACGGGAAACUGUUAAGUGUGAAAAAGGCAUUUUCAGCCUUGAUGGAAACCAUCAAGCGUAACGUGAUAAACAUCCAUCCCCCACCAGCCUUUGCCUUCCUACUGAUUCUCUGUCUGUUUGCUUUUUGUUUGUUUACUUUGGAAAAAUAUUGUGUGCUUGUUUUAAAAAUGCUUAAUGUGGUUGAUAAAGAAUUUAAACCAUGUAUUUAUAUUUGUUUUUGAAUAAACAGUUUUUUUAUGAACAA